ACCAGCCUCAGUAGUGCCCGGGCCUGCGCGGGGUGCGGACUUACGCCCUACUCCACACACUAAUAAGUCGCCGUGCGUUCGGAAACAGUGAAUCUGUGCUUAACGUUACCGUGAUAACAAAAGUUCCAACUGACAUAAUAGUGUUUCAUUUUCAUUCACCUCCUUGGAUAAAUGCAAGCGAGUUUUAUAAAGGAGAAGCGCAUCGCAUCAAUGGCCUGAGAGCAUGUUCCGGACGGCGUCAGUGGAAGGCUCCGCGCCGCGGACACCCCCCGCCUACGCCCCGCACCCCCCCUACGUCCCACCGCGCUUCUUCCCCCCUCGCAUCCGGCCCCCUCCCCCGCAAUACUGCUUCGACGCCGCCCGCUUCGCCUGCGACGCCUCCAAACCUCGCUACCUCGACGUCGAGCGAGAGAGGCUGGUCACGAGAUGGCUGGCCGAAGCGAACGAGGCGCUGGUGAGACGAGACCGACCGCCAAGAUACAAGCCGAGAAGCAGCGAGAGGCGACCGGAUUACUUGGAGAGGAGGCCGGCGCCAGAAUGGGCCGACAACUUCCUCCUCGGCAGGAGGAACGGGUCGGUGGAGCCCGAAGAGGACUGCAGUGAAGUGAUGACGUUGAAGGAGUUUGUGGACAAGUUCUCGCUGCCGCGGGUGGUGCGGUUCGAGGGCGAGGAGCGACCGGUGCUGCUGUACCGCGUGCUGGAGGCGCACCGGCGCGUGGAGGCCGUGCCGCUGGCCGGCAAGAAGGGCAAGCUGGUGGGCAAGCCGCUCUACAUACCCGAUUCCUAUGAUGGCUGGUUCUCAGCGUGCGGAUGCCGCGGCGGCGCGCUGGCCGCUCCGCGCGGCUCCGUGGCGGCGCUGCUGCGCGCGCGCGCCUUCGCGCUCGUCUCCCCCCGCGCGCUCUCCGCCUACCGCGCCCGGCCUGCUUCAGACAGCGGGCGUGUGGGCGCGCAGUACGAGCGCGCGGCGGCGCGGCCGGGCACGCCGCUGCGGCUGGCCGGCGUCUUCGCGGACGGCAGCAAGGCCAAGGCACCCAAGUACGCGCAGCUCAUCGACCCGCAGGGCAACGAGCUGUUCGUCCCGAUCAACACGAAGGGCGAGCUGUACGAGGUGUGUCCCGAGGAGCUGUCCCCGGCGGAGUGGGACGCGGCCGAGCCGACGUCGCCGCCGCCGCCGGACGCAAGCGCACGCGCGCACCGCCUGCCGCACCUGCUGAGCCUGUGGCGGCUGCCGGCCAGGGUCCGCCUCUUGGCCGGGACCGUGCCCAUUGAGAUGGCGCAUGACGUUGGAGAUGACCUCUUGCUACGGGCGGCGAUAACGGAGCCGGUGUUGGUGAUGUGCACGCUGCCGGAGUUCGGCGCGCCGGCCAGCCCCGCCAAGCCGGCGCCGGGGCUCGGUAAGGAGACGCUGCAGCUGCUCCCGCUCAACUGCGGCGCGCGCCUGCGCCGCACCCAGCUCGGCUUCGACAGCGAGAAGCGCAUGUUCCUCUCCGCGCGACUCCAGAAAGCUCUAACCUUCUGUCAACUCAACGUUGACAACUGGAUCAGGCAGAUCUCAUACGCCAACUCGACGGUCGUCGGCAAGAAGACCGCCGAGGACCUCCUCAGGGAGGACCACGAGCCGAUCAAGUUUGAGAAAGAACGCAAGUUCACUCUCCAGGGACUCAAGAUCGACACGUCCAGGCUUUUCGGGAAGAGCGAGAAGGUCCUUAAAGACAUGCCGGACGAGACGGAGGGCUCCAUCAUAUUUUUAAGUAAAAACGAACUCGAGCACAUGAACUACGACGUGUAUAGCGACGACGAGGGCAAAGACGAAAAGAACGACGAGAAAACAGAGGAACACUUCUCCAACGACAAGAUGCAGGUAUUCCGGGAGGACUCCGCACAGAAGAAGAACAAGUGGUUCAAAAACUUGAAGCUUUUGAAGAGCACGGAGAAAUUAACGGACGAAAAGAUAACGUCAAUAGAGAACCAUGAGAGAUAUAGAGACAUUAAAGAUCCGUUCGAUCCUCUCGGGGAGAAACACAGCUCUAUAGAGAGGUACCAGGAUAUGGCAAAGCUCAUUGAAGAUAGAUUCGGAGCUUCGAGGGCGAAGGGCGAUGGAACUGCUGAGAAAAGCCACUCCUAUAAGAGUCUGACGACUUCAUCGUCGGAUAUGGGCACGAGUCAGUGCAGUUCGAACCCGAAGAAACCAAUUUUGACAAAGUCGGUGUCAGUGCAGACGGGGAUUCCGGACAGUCCGUACACUGAAGGUAGCGGGAUCAACAUGAUACAUGGCCGCAAGAAUCUCAGUGUCGAUCAGAUCAACUACUGUGGUUCCAUGGAAAGCGACACAAGCUCCGGUAGAAAAUUAAAAUCUUUGGACGAAAAUAUGCUAAAGAAAUCUUCUGCGUCAAAAUCAUCGACGAAUUUAGAGAGGAGACAGAGAAUACAACCAGAUUUGAUACCGGAAAAGGCAAUAGUCAAGUCUGAAUCGUAUAACCAAAUACACAGCUGUGAAAUAAACAUGUUCGGAGCUGGCUCUCUAUACAACGACAGUGAAUUCGAAAUUAAUUCUAAGCAACACUCGUUUAUAACAGAAAAAUUAUGCUCAGAAUUUCAUGUGAAAACAAAAAAGGUCCUUAGCAAAUCUACAUCGAAUCUACUGCAUCCUAAGAAAUCUACAGACAAGAAAGACGGUAAUAAUAGCAACAGCAUGCCGACGAAAACUGAACGGCUAAGCGACGGGGACAAGCUUAAUUUUAGAAAGAAGAUCGAUAAACCGCGAGCUCCGACUCCCAAACUUGAAAUAGAUGAUGACCUCGUACCAAUUGAUAUCUCAGAGGAGGAACCGCAAUCUCAUGUUAAAUUAAGGAGAUCCAUAUCUUCAAUACAGAAGAGAAAGUUACCCGUCAUAGAAGACUUACCUUACGGUCAAGUAGCAGACGCGGUACACGUGGAAGAGGAAAAGAUUGAUUCCGAUGCCAGUUCUGACAACAUUUAUGCAGAAAUAUGUGCACCUCACAAAGCUAGCGAAGACGAAUCCUAUGACAAUAACGUAGACGUCUUAGCCAACGAUCCAGUGAUAUGCAACGUCAAAAAAGAAGUCAUCAUUCGUAAUGACGAGAGAGCUAGACAGAUGAUCGAGAACCAAGAAAACCCAUUCAGGCACAUUGAAGUGGUAGUCAUAGAGAAAACCACAGACUUCAAUUUGGACACUUCGAGUAUAGCCUCAAGUGAUUUUGAUGAGAUGGGUAGUAAAAAUGACGUAUCAAUAGCAAUAGAUUCGUGGGAGCGAGACAAGAAGAUUGUUGACCAAUCAGAUUCCAAAACACACGCAAUUAGAUUAGAAAUAACGAGUAAUAUGGAUGAUUAUCCUCAAGAAGUGGAUCAAAGUUUUGAGAGGACGGAGAUUAGAUUAAGUAAGAAUAAUUCUUUAAGUUUUAGCAACAGCAUCCAUUUGAAUGGUACAUAUCCCAACGAGGCCAUUUAUGAUACUUUAAAAUAGUUUUUAAGUGUUUAACGUUAUGGUUGACAUUUCGGUAGUGAGCAGCUGUGAUUUGUGAUUUUUGUUUAGGGAACGCGUGGCGUCGUAUUCGGGCAUCAUACACCAGAGAACAAAG